CAGUGAAGUAUGUGGAUGUCCUAUAAAACCACGGAACAGAGCUGGAGCGUACGUUUGACAACAGACCUGAGAAAGGAUUGACUGUGUGUGUUGUUUUUAAAGUUUUAGAGUGCAGGCAAGUCUCGGUCGAAAGGAUAAAGGAAGGGGUGUCAGUGUGUGAUCACCUGCCCAGUCUCUUCGGAAGGGUAGAUAAGACUGGAGAAGCGGUCCUCACUUUUUUUCACAAUCGUUUGUACCAUCAAGGCUUAAGGAAUGUAGCGAUUCGUUACGGUUUUGCAUUUAGUGCUAAGAUACCCAAACGUGAAAUACCUUGUGGAAUACAGUUGCAGCUGAUACUUGAAAGAUGAAUAUUCAACUGUCAUGAAGUACCCGGUUGAAAAUGGAUCACAGACACGAUAUGAAAUGUAAAAUUGUUGUGGUCGGAGACAGUCAGUGCGGGAAAACGUCUUUGCUCAGUGUCUUUGCCAAGGACUCCUUCCCAAAGAGCUAUGUUCCGACGGUGUUUGAAAACUACACGGCGAGCUUUGAGAUCGACUCGAUCAGAGUAGAACUUAGUCUUUGGGACACAUCUGGAUCUCUUUAUUAUGACAAUGUGCGUCCACUGUCCUACCCCGAUGCGGACGCGGUUCUCAUCUGCUUCGACAUCAGCCGGCCAGAAACCCUGGACAGUGUGCUAAGGAAGUGGAAAGGGGAGAUUGAGGAAUUUUGUCCCAACACCAAAAUGCUUCUUGUGGGUUGCAAAUCAGACCUACGCACAGACCUGGCCACCUUUGUACAACUGUCCAAUGAGAUACCAUUGUCCUAUGAUCAGGGAUCAAACAUGGCCAAGCAGAUGUCUGCUCCCUACAUUGAGUGCUCUGCCCUGCAGUCAGAGAACAGCGUGAGGGACAUUUUCCACGUGGCCACGCUGGCCUGCGUCAGCAAGAACAAGAAUAUGAAGCGCCACAAGUCCUCUAGAGCCACCAAGAGGACAUCCCACAUGGCCAGUCGGCCAGAGCUAGACUCCAUAUCAUGCUUGCAUAAGAACAAGACCAAAACCUGCUCCGUCAUGUGAUAUAAAUAACCAAAAAAAAGGUUUAUCUUUUUGCAACGAUUUAUUUUCCAUCAUGGUGGAAAAACGUCCAUAACAAAUUUGAAAAUUCAUGGGACAUGAACUGGGAGAUUUUUUUGCACUUUAGGAAAAUAUUCAUUGACCCAUCAUCUUGUACCCAGCUAUUCUGAGGAGCUUGACUGCACUGAGGCUGGAAUAUGAGAGACAUAAAUGAAUGAUGAUGAAACAGUCUCUGGCAUUCUUUAACCUUAUUUCCCAUUUUAAUAUUCUCAGCAGGUCAGGACUGUUGGAUUCUGAACCUCAGAGCUGUCUGGCCUUCAAGCAAAUUUCAAGUAGGAAUCUUAGAAAUCUUAAUUCUUAGAUUACCAAUAGUAUGAACCCUAAAUGAAAAGAAUAUACUGGAACCUAAAAACUAUUUUUAUAUGAAGAGAGACUGGACUUUUGGAAAAAAUCAUUUUGUUUCUGUUACUGUUAAUGGACUUAGCUAAAAUGUCUUCAUAAAUGUUCCACUUCUGUCUAAAUGGUCUGUAACACUAACCUCAUAUAUGUGCCCCUCAACCAAAGCAAAGUUUGAUGGACUAUGAUUUGUCUUCUCAGAUCUGACACCAAAAAAAAAAAUCAACUACAGGACAGAUAUAGAGGAAUUUUGGUGCUGCAUUUUGUAAAUAAAUAAAAGAAGCAAUAAAUGAAGUUUGAACUUUCA